CUUGAAUUUUGGGACUACCCGUUUCGCGCGACGCUUUUGUCGUGCUACUUCGACUUUGCCUCAUACCGCCCGGUUUUGAUCUAUACGAAAUCCGACAACGACAUGGCGAAAAGCAAACUCAAGGCCGCGCUCGACAACGAGAAGGGCCGCAAUUUCAAGCUCGAGAGACAGCGCAAGCAGGAGAAGGAGGCACGCAAGCGCAAGGCGGAGAAGAAGCCUGAAGGGGACCAUGAGGACGACGCAGAGGGCGGUGUGCCUCUGGAUGAGGUGGAGCUGAAGGCCACCCCGAAGAGCAAUGGCAAGGUUACGAAGAAGGCAAAGGCCAACGGUGUGAAGGUCGCGACGCCGGUGGAGGAGGCCGAGUGGGAAACGGACAACAGCGAGGACGAUGCCAGCGCCGACGACGAGAAGGCCACAUACGAUCUUUCGCGCCUCGAGGACAGCGAGAGCGAUGUCAGCGGAGACGACGAAGAGGACGAAGAGCUGGGCGAGGCGCUAGGCGCGGGCGGCGGGGACGAGGAUGAGGAAGACGAUGUGGACGAGGAGGACGAAGACGACAUCGCAUUCUCCGACAUCGAAUCGCUCGCCGACGAAGACAAAGCCGACAUCGUCCCGCACCAGCGACUCACCAUCAACAAUACCGCCGCCCUCACCGCCGCGCUCAACCGCAUCAAGCUGCCCUACGCGAAGCUCGGCUUCUCAGAACACAUGUCGCUAACUACGGACGAGGACGUCGAGAUCGCCGACGUCGACGAUGACCUCAAUCGCGAGCUGGCCUUCUACAAGCAGUCGCUAUCCGCGGUCAAGGACGCGCGGGCCCUGCUGAAGAAGGAGGGCGCGCCGUUCUCGCGGCCCGCGGACUACUUCGCUGAGAUGGUCAAGGACGACGAGCACAUGGGCAAGAUCAAGCAGAAGCUGAUGGACGAGGCGGCGGGCAAGAAGGCGAGCGCUGAGGCACGGAAACAACGCGAUCUCAAGAAGUUUGGAAAGCAGGUGCAGGUUGCGAAGCUGCAGGAGAGAGCAAAGGAGAAGCGGGAUACGCUGGAUAAGAUCAGCCAGCUCAAGCGGAAACGCUCCGGCGCUGACGUAACAGCCACCAACGAAGAAGACCUCUUCGACGUUGCGCUCGACAAAUCCGACAAGCCCGAGCGCAGCGGCCGCGGUGGCGAGGGCGGCAACUUCAAGCGUCAGAAAAAGAACGACAAGUUUGGCUUUGGUGGCAAGAAGCGCCACGGCAAGAGCAACGAUGCGCAGUCGAGCGCGGAUGGGCGGGGGUUCUCGCAUAAGAAGAUGAAGGGGGGUGCGGCGAAGAGACCGGGCAAGGCGAGACGGAUGAAUAAGAAGUAAGGUUCAGGAGGGGUGUUUUGUUGAUUGCAUGUAUCGGCGCUUGGGCGUUUGGUUUCGUGUAGGAUGAAGAGAAAGGAAAAUUCAAGAGGGAAGUUGCAGAUUCUGGCGAGUAGCUCAGUGGAAAUGAUACCAUUCACAUCACCAG